ACGCAGCCUACUAAAACUAUGUCUUGGACUAAUUCAUCCCAACACAAAAAAUCAACUAAUACGGUAGCGGUAACGGCUACACCGUCGAAUAGCAACGAAGGCAGAUAUAAUAAGCAAUCCGUAACUGGUUCUGGGACAACAUCAACAAAUUCUUCAUACGGUCACGGCAGUCGGACUUACACCAAUCAGCAGCACCAUAACUAUCAUCAACAGCAACAACAAUACACUCAACAACCACAGACGCGCACUUAUGGGGCAAUGAAAAUGCCUUCAUCUCCAAUAUCUAGCACCUCAACUCACUCUAAUCCCAUAGACCGUAAAAAUAGUCAAGUAUCUGAGACAGGGAAGCAAAGUCAAUUUGCUACAACGACGACGAUAGGGACGGUGCCCUCCACCUCCACCGCCAGCACUACUGUCACGCCGCUUCAAUUUCAACAGUCGACAACGCCACAAGUGAAUCUAUCAUCUAUGGGCAGCAGUACCGGUAAUGAUUCUGCCGUUAGCAAUAAACAAUAUCCACCUGGAUUUGCGAAUAAAAAAUUAAUAAUGCAACAAACGGUGAAUAGUACGAUAACAUCUACAACAACAUCGGUCACGACAACAACAACAACAACAGCAGCAACGGCCAACGUUAGUGGCACAGAUGUAAGCACACAACCUAUUAUAAAUUUGGCGCCCCCAGCUUCGACAGUUGCUCCCAGCAACAAUCCUAGCGCUCUGUCUUGGGCUGGCUUGUUCAGCGAUAGUAAUAAAAGUCCUUCAUUGCCAUUCAAUAACACUAUUAUAUCGAACUUGCCAUCUGGAACUACAGUAUCUCAGAAUUUUGGUAAUACUGCUUCUCCGGCGUUGCCACCGCCCUUCUCUAAAAAACCGAUAGCUAAAGUUGCGCCAUAUGAAGGCAACACUCCCGCUGUGCCGGCAUCACCUGCGAUAACACCUGGUGCUAUGUCCUAUUCAGCCGCUUCAGCUCAGGGCUUAUCGCAAAUCUCCAGCAACAAAAAAUCUUCAGACACUCAGUCACAGCGUCAUAAUUUGGUAAAUUUAGAUGAAUUUACCGUGAAAUUUGCUGAAUUUUUAACUAAAUAUAAGAGUGAUCUUACGGCCGUCAGUUUGAGGCCGCGCGGCUUAACUAAUCGUUCAAAUUAUUGUUACAUCAAUUCCAUAUUGCAAGCACUGCUUGGCUGUGCCCCAUUCUAUAAUUUGAUACGUUCGAUACCAAAGCAAGCAGCUGCGCUAUGCGAGGUCAAAACGCCUACCGUUAAUGCUAUGAUUACUUUUAUGUCAAACUUUUCUAACCUUCCAACUGGCUUGCGUUUACGCACUACGAAGGGGCCGAAAAACAAGGAUGAUCUAAGCGGUGAAUUACAAUGCGAUCCCGCUUUUGAACCUACCGAAAUUUAUAAGCUAUGGAAUGAUAGUCGCGAAGAGCAUGUGGAGGGUAGACAAGAAGAUGCUGAAGAAUUUUUAAGCUAUAUACUAAAUAAACUUAACGAUGAAAUGCUUGAGAUUCUUAAAUUGAUUGCUAAACCAAAUGCCGAACAAAAUGGACAAAAUGAACAAUCGGAGAAUGAAGAGGGCGAUGUCUGGCAGAUGAUUCGUAAUAAUCGUAAUAAAGGAAGUGUCACGCGACAAACCGAUUUUGGUCACACUCCUCUUAGCGAUAUAUUUCGCGGUGAGCUACGUUCACGUUUACAGCGUGAAGGCGAACAUUCCACAGACGUUAUACAACCAUUCUUUACCUUACAAUUAAACAUUGAGAAAGCCGCUUCAGUUAAAGAGGCUUUGGAAAUUUUGGUGGGCCGUGACCAGUUAGAGGGAGUUACUGGCAGCAAAACUAAACAGGAAGUUGUUGCUUGGCAACAAAUGACUUUGGAAAAAUUGCCAAUUGUCUUGAUAUUACAUCUUAAAUGGUUCGACUAUCGUUCGGACGGUUGCACGAAAAUUUUGAAAAAAGUUGAAUUCCCGGUCGAACUGAAAAUUGAUGCAAAAAUUCUUGCAUCGAAAAAAUACUCACAAAAACAACGAGCUUAUCGUCUCUUCGCUGUAGUUUAUCAUGAUGGCAAAGAAGCCUCCAAAGGCCAUUACAUAACUGAUGUCUAUCAUACAGGUUAUGGUAGCUGGUUACGUUACGAUGACAGUUCUGUUAAGCCAGUUAGUGAAAAUCAUGUACUAGUGCCACGCACACCACGUGUGCCUUAUCUACUGUACUAUAGACGCUGUGAUACCUUGCCGCCACAAAUUAACACUUCCUCAACCUCCUCCUCCUCCAAUUCUUCUUCUAACAACAAUAGUAACACGUCAGGUAAUGCCGCGAUGACGUCAUUUUCGGGAAAAUAAAGAAUGUACGGUGAAUGAAAUAUGAAAGACAAAGUGAUGCAGUACAACCAAAUGGCCAAACUUUAACAAUAAAAACCUAUGUAUUCGCGUGUAUGCGUAAUGUAUGUUAGUCUAUGUGUGUGUGUGUGUGUGUGUGGGUGUGGAUGUGUGCGUGUGUGUGUUUUGCGUGUGUGCAAAAAGCAUGUGUGUAUACGCAAAAGUAGAUAUACAUAUAAGUGUAGUAGUAGUAGUAAUAGCAGUAGUAGUAGUACUAGCACUGGUAGUGGUAGUAUAUAUAUAAAUGUGUAUUUUUUAGAGAUAGGAAGAAAACUUGUCAUGGUUGUCAGUCAGAAUGCGGAUAAAUCUGAAUCAACUUUAAACCAUAAGGCGAACUACUAAACGGAUUAUCAAGUUAGUUUGUGUGUGACCUGACUAAGCAUUCACGUGUUACUUACUGAUAAUGGCCAUGAUAAUAACUGUCCAU